AUGGCUGGAGCUUUUUUAAAUCAGUAUUUCCAGAGCCUGGUUAAAAUUGUAUCUCCCUUGAUGCCACCAAUUGUUGUGGGAACUGUUGCUGUUUUAUGUGGAUAUGCAAUUGCCCAAAGUUCUUCAGCAAUCCUUAUGAUGCUUGGGCUUGAUGUGGUGUCGUCACGGAUUCUCUCCAUUGAGGUUGGCAUGCAGGUAGACCGUUACUUUAGCUGGACUAUAUUAAAAAAAUCUAUUCUUGAGGGGGAAUGGGCAAGUUUUCAACUUCGGUGA